AGCCCCUGAACAUUUUAAAUGCUUGAUCUGCAGCUAUGCUGUUUCCCUGUUCCUUUUCAGGAGUGCCUCACAUCUGCAAGGACUGAAAUCUCUCUUGUGAGGUUUCACAACUUGUUCUUGAAAGCAUCAUUUGUGUCCAGAAGUGUUGUGGCUCCAACAGGUGUCAGACAACAGACCUGCACGAUUCAUUGCCCUCCUGCAAAGGGAUAACUUACAGCCCAGGAAAAGGAAAGUGAAAAAGCAGAGUGCAGCUUUUGUCCUCCUGUGGAGGGGUAUAUUGCUGUAAAGGAAUGCUCUGACUGAAGUUAAAAGGUAGCUUGGAUAGGAGUGGUGCUGGGAGGGAGGGGAUGCAGGUCCUCAUGUGGUCUGUGUAGAGUGGAGCUUACUCUGUAAAGCCAUUGCUGAGCAGGAGCCUCAGUUGAAUGCUUUUAAUGAAGGACAGUACCUAAAGUUUGUGGACUUGCUUUCAGUCUCAUGCAGACCAUACUGUAUUUUUCAGUCUUUAUUUUUCCCUCCUCAAUUAAGAUCACAGAUGAUGCAAUUUGAAUUGAGACUUUCUAAAUGUUUGGCUCAAAGUCAACACAGAGGUGGGUGCCCAUCAGAGGGCUGUGUUCCGCUGCCUGGAGAACCAUAUGGUAACCAUAGCACUGCCUGUGAUGUCAGCUGUGUGCUGCAGAAGUUCUGAGUGGUUUUGUGGUCUUAGUUACCCUCAUAAUACUGUUCUACAGAGGUACAGCUUGCUACGCUGCAGUCUGCCCUCCUAAAGGAGCAAAUCCUUGGGACGCACCAGGUUUUUUAGUGCUUCCCGAGCAUGAGUUCAGAAUGAAGCGGCGAUUGGAUGAGCAGGAGUCACCCGUGUACACGUCGCAGCAGAGACGUAUCACCAGCAGCACCGACGCUUUCCAGCACCAGCACCGUGUGCUCGCCCCGGCACCGCCGGUGUAUGAGGCAGUCUCAGAGACCAUGCAGUCUGCUACAGGGAUCCAAUACUCGGUAACUCCCAGCUACCAGGUGUCAGCUGUGCCACAGAGCUCAGGCAGCCACGGGCCGGCCCUGGCAGCGGUGCACAGCGGCCACCACCACGCUGCCCCGGUGCAGCCACAUGGCAGCCAGGUGGUGCAGAGCCACGCACACCCAGCCCCCCCGGCUGUGCCUGUGCAGGGCCAGCAGCAGUUCCAGAGGCUCAAGGUGGAGGAUGCGUUGUCAUACCUUGACCAGGUGAAGCUGCAGUUCGGCAGUCAGCCACAGGUCUACAAUGACUUCUUGGAUAUUAUGAAGGAAUUCAAAUCUCAGAGCAUUGACACUCCGGGAGUGAUCAGCCGCGUAUCACAGCUCUUCAAGGGCCACCCAGACUUGAUUAUGGGUUUCAACACCUUCUUGCCUCCUGGCUACAAGAUCGAGGUGCAGACAAAUGAUAUGGUGAACGUGACAACCCCAGGGCAGGUUCACCAGAUCCCCACUCAUGGCCUGCAGCCUCAGCCACAGCCACAGCCCCAGCAUCAGUCACAACCUUCAGCGCAAUCGACCCCAACACCAGCACAGCCAGCGCCGCAGCCACCACCUGCCAAAAUCAGCAAGCCAUCACAGCUGCAGGCGCACACACCUGCCAGCCAGCAGACCCCCCCAAUUCCACCAUAUGCGUCCCCACGCUCACCACCAGUGCAGCCUCACACACCUGUGACAAUCUCUCUGGGAACCACACCAUCUCUGCAGAACAAUCAGCCCGUCGAGUUUAAUCACGCCAUCAACUAUGUCAACAAGAUCAAGAACCGCUUCCAGGGACAGCCAGACAUCUACAAAGCCUUCCUGGAGAUCCUCCAUACGUAUCAGAAAGAGCAGCGCAAUGCCAAGGAGGCAGGGGGCAACUACACACCAGCACUGACGGAGCAGGAGGUGUAUGCACAGGUGGCUCGCCUCUUCAAGAACCAGGAGGAUCUGCUCUCAGAGUUUGGGCAGUUUCUGCCAGAUGCCAACAGCUCGGUGCUGUUAAGCAAGACAACUGCAGAGAAAGUGGAGUCGGUGAGAAAUGACCAUGGAGGCACAGUGAAGAAGCCACAGCUCAACAACAAGCAGCAAAGACCCAACCAGAAUGGCUGUCAGAUCCGGCGGCACUCAGGAGCAGGGACAACCCCUCCAGUGAAGAAGAAACCAAAGCUCCUUGGUUUAAAAGACCAGUCCUUGGCAGAAGCCAGCAAGCAUGGCGUGGGGACAGAAUCUCUGUUCUUUGAGAAGGUUCGCAAAGCUCUGCGAAGCACAGAAGCAUAUGAAAACUUCCUUCGCUGCCUGGUUAUUUUCAACCAGGAGGUGAUCUCCCGUGCAGAGCUGGUGCAGCUAGUUUCCCCGUUCCUGGGGAAAUUCCCCGAACUAUUCACUUGGUUUAAAAACUUUCUGGGCUAUAAGGAGUCUGUUCACAUGGAGACGUAUCCCAAGGAACGGGCAACUGAAGGGAUUGCCAUGGAGAUAGACUAUGCCUCCUGUAAAAGACUGGGCUCCAGCUACCGUGCCUUGCCCAAGAGCUACCAGCAGCCCAAGUGCACGGGGCGGACGCCACUGUGUAAAGAGGUUUUGAAUGACACCUGGGUCUCCUUCCCUUCCUGGUCUGAAGACUCUACUUUCGUGAGCUCCAAGAAGACACAAUAUGAAGAGCACAUCUACAGGUGUGAGGAUGAGCGUUUUGAGCUGGACGUUGUCUUGGAGACCAACCUGGCAACGAUCCGCGUCCUUGAGGCCAUCCAGAAGAAACUCUCACGUUUGUCUGCUGAGGAGCAGGCCAAGUUCCGGCUGGACAACACCCUGGGAGGCACCUCAGAGGUGAUCCACCGCAAGGCCCUGCAGAGGAUAUAUGCAGACAAAGCAGCUGACAUCAUUGAUGGGCUCAGGAAGAACCCAUCUGUUGCUGUUCCCAUUGUCCUGAAAAGGUUAAAGAUGAAAGAGGAGGAGUGGCGAGAAGCCCAGAGAGGAUUUAAUAAAGUCUGGCGAGAGCAGAAUGAGAAGUAUUACCUGAAGUCCUUGGACCACCAGGGCAUCAACUUCAAGCAGAACGAUACCAAGGUCCUGAGGUCAAAGAGUCUCCUCAAUGAGAUUGAAAGCAUCUAUGAUGAAAGGCAAGAACAGGCUUCAGAAGACAACGCUGGGGUUCCCACAGGCCCGCACCUCUCGUUAGCCUAUGAAGACAAGCAGAUCCUGGAGGAUGCUGCUUCCCUCAUCAUCCACCACGUGAAGCGGCAGACGGGAAUCCAGAAAGAGGACAAGUACAAAAUCAAGCAGAUCAUGUACCACUUCAUUCCAGACCUGCUGUUUGCUCAGCGAGGUGAACUCUCAGACGUGGAAGAGGAGGAAGAAGAGGAAAUGGACGUGGAUGAAGCUACCGGAGCUGCGAAAAAGCACAACGGUGUGGGGGGCAGUCCUCCCAAAACCAAGCUGAUGUUCAACAACACGACGGCCCAGAAGCUGCGGGGCAUGGAUGAGGUCUACAACCUCUUCUACGUGAACAGCAACUGGUACAUCUUCAUGAGGCUGCAUCAGAUCCUGUGCUUGCGGCUGCUGCGGAUCUGCACCCAGGCUGAGAGGCAGAUCGAAGAGGAGACACGGGAGAGGGAGUGGGAGAGGGAAGUGCUGGGCAUCAAGCGAGACAAGAGCGACAGUCCUGCCAUCCAGCUGAGGCUGAAGGAGCCAAUGGACAUCGAUGUGGAGGAUUACUACCCAGCAUUCCUGGACAUGGUGCGUAACCUCCUGGAUGGGAACAUGGACUCGUCGCAGUACGAGGACUCCCUGCGUGAGAUGUUCACCAUUCACGCCUACAUUGCCUUCACCAUGGACAAGCUGAUCCAGAGCAUCGUGCGGCAGCUCCAGCACAUAGUGAGCGAUGAGAUCUGCGUGCAGGUCACAGACCUCUACCUGUCAGAAAACAACAACGGGGCCACAGGAGGCCUCCUGGCUUCACAGUCCUCUCGGAACCUUCUGGAGGCCACCUACCAGCGCAAAGCUGAGCAGCUCAUGUCGGAGGAGAACUGCUUCAAGCUGAUGUUCAUCCAGAGCAGAGGCCAAGUUCAGUUAACCAUUGAACUGCUGGACACAGAGGAGGAGAACUCUGAUGACCCUGUAGAAGCAGAGCGCUGGUCAGACUAUGUGGAGCGGUACGUCAACUCUGACUCUACCUCCCCUGAGCUCCGGGAGCACUUGGCCCAGAAACCUGUCUUCCUCCCCAGGAAUCUGAGGCGGAUCCGUAAAUGUCAGCGUGGUCGGGAGCAGCAGGAGAAGGAAGGGAAGGAGGGAAACAGUAAGAAGUCCAUGGAGAACGUGGAGAGCUUGGACAAGCUGGAGUGUAAAUUCAAACUGAACUCCUAUAAGAUGGUGUACGUGAUCAAAUCGGAGGAUUACAUGUACAGGAGGACCGCUCUGCUGCGAGCUCAGCAGUCCCAUGAAAGAGUGAGCAAGCGGCUGCACCAGAGGUUCCAGGCCUGGGUGGACAAAUGGACCAAGGAACACGUCACCCGUGAGAUGGCAGCCGAGACAAGCAAGUGGCUAAUGGGCGAAGGGUUGGAGGGCUUGGUGCCCUGCACCACCACCUGUGACACAGAGACCCUGCACUUUGUGAGCAUUAACAAGUACCGCGUCAAAUACGGCACAAUAUUCAAGACACCAUAAAUGCCCUGGGCCAGGAAAGAUCCCGGGAGAUGUGUGUGUGUGCGUGCGCAUCAAGGAAAUGAGGAAGAUGCCUUUCUCCCCUCACUGUGUAUCUCCGUAACAUGGCCACUUGACUAGUGUGUGGCUGGUACAAGCUGUCACCAGCGGGAUUCUCUGUAGGAACAUCGGUGUUCCAGCACCUGCUGGGAGCCCUGCCCGCCGGCCCUUGGACUUCAGCAUGCACCCCACAGGGAAGGACCCUCCUGAACUUGAGCGGUCCUGGAGAGACGCAACGAGCUCAUACGCACCAGCAGUGUUGAGGCUUUAUUCCCCGGUGGCCUGAGCAGCGAGGGAGGAGAAAUGGAGGAGGCUCUCCACCACCUGACCACCUCGGUGGUCUUCAGAUUCCUUGCUUGGAUGUGUCCCGCAGCCCAGAGGUGCUGGGCUCCCCUGCGGGCCCUCAGACCCUCGGUUCCUCCCUUCCUUCCCCUCCCUCCCAUGCUGGACUCAACCAGUGCAGAUUGGUCUGUCCUUUCUAGUGCCAGUGGAACUGUUUUUUUGUACCUGCUUGUUUACUAGUCUCUCCUAGUGCCAUGCACCAGCUUUUCACACACAUGUACGUACACACACACAACAGAGAACAACACAAUUUUAACAUGUUCCCCUCCUUUUUUGUAAAUAAAUGUACAAAUUGUCAA